AUCUCUACGAAUUUGCCCGAAAAGUUUGGGUCGUCAGACGAGGAUGAGGACGAUGAAGAUGGCAAUUGGAUUGGUGAGUAUGGUACAGACACAGAUUUCGAGAGGCGUCGGGCAGCAGCAGCAGCAGCCUCAGCCUUGGAUGACCCAUUUGGAAGUAGACACGCUAUGGAUUUUGAUGAUAGCGAUGAAGAUGAGGGCGUGGAUGAAGAGGCGUGGAAUUCCCCUUGGCCAAAUUCAUUCGGAGACACAAAGCUGUCCGGCCUUGGCGCUGCAUCACAGUUUAAUGCAUCCUUAACAGAUUGGUCCGAGGACUUCCAAGAUGGUUUCACAGAAUUCAAGACAGCAUCUGCGGAUAGCAAGAAUGAUUUUGAUAUGCCACCAUUCAGUAUCGAUCCAUCAUCUUCUUCUUCUACAGAUCAGAAGAUUGAGUCUGGAUCAAAUGUUUCUACAAAUACCCCUGCUGGUGAUAAAGAGGCUUUGGGCGAUAAAACUAGUACUGCUGAACAGACAACGUCAUCUUCGUUAGCACCGACAUCAGAAUUAACUAGUGGUACGCGGACACAAGAUGACAAGUCGUUGCCUUCAGCAGGAUCAGAACAGCAACAAGAACAACAAAUGGACGUAGAUAUGGAUGUAGUGCCAUUAGCGCCUGUGGUCCAUGGGCAACCUGCAUUAGCUGAUGAUAAACCGGUUUCUAAUCAGGACAAUAAUUCUCCAACAGCAAUGACAAGUUUAUCCUCUACAAAGGAUAAGGAUGUCUCGGAAGGACUGUCUUCAGAGAAUGCCCAAGCAGCUUCAUCAGCAACGUCGACAGAUAUUCAAGUUGACCUUGAACCAGUACCGUUGGCGGAUCCAAAUGCUCCCAAGCUGCAUGAAACUGAUAUUAUUUCACCGACAUCAACAACAGCAGAUAGAACACUUGAAGACAAAACAAAGGACACACCGGUUAAGAAGUCAGAUGCGACCCCUUCAUAAUCUAAUGUUAAAGUAUGGAGUCUCAGAAAUGUAACCCUGUAAGGGAGAAAGAGGCUUUAGCACGAGUGAGC